AUGGCCUCCCUCCCAGAUUAUAAUAAGGACUUGUACACACCGCUCCCUCAAUAUGAUCCUCAAGUGCAAAACAUCAUCGAAAAAGAGACAUGGCGCCAGUGGUCCGGCCUCGAGCUCAUUGCUUCCGAGAACUUAACGAGCCGAGCUGUGAUGGAGGCAAACGGCUCCAUCCUUACGAACAAGUACUCGGAAGGUCUGCCCAACGCGCGGUAUUACGGCGGAAACGAGUGGAUCGAUGAGCUGGAGCUGCUCUGUCGCAAGCGUGCCCUGGAGGCGUUCCACCUGGACCCGGCCAAGUGGGGUGUCAACGUUCAACCGUACUCCGGAAGCACGGCAAACUUCGCUGCGCUUACCGCCCUUAUUCAGCCGCAAGACCGCCUCAUGGGUCUCGGUUUGCCCGAUGGUGGCCACUUAACCCACGGCUACUACACUGCAAAGAAGAAGAUCACGGCAUCUUCUAUCUACUUCCAAUCUUUCCCCUACGGUCUUGACCCAUCCACGCAACUUAUUGACUACAACAAGCUCGCUGAGCAAGCACGUCUAUUCAAGCCGCGACUGCUUAUCUGCGGCGCUUCUGCAUACCCGCGGGACUGGGAUUAUGCUAAGCUCCGAGAGACUGCUGACGAGCAUGGUGCAUUCCUCAUGGCAGACAUUGCGCACACGAGCGGUCUCGUUGCAGCGCAGACGCUCAAGAGCCCCUUCGAUUAUUGUGAUGUUGUUACGACCACAACUCACAAGACACUUCGCGGCCCCCGUGCUGGACUCAUUUUCUUCCGCAAGGACCUCAAGGACACUGGAGCCCUCGAGAAGCGUGUCAACGAGGCUGUCUUCCCGGCUUGCCAGGGUGGCCCGCACAACAACACCAUCGCUGCUGUUGCCGUUGCCCUGAAGCAAGCAAGCUCACCAAGCUGGCAGGCGUACGCCAAGCAGGUCACCUCCAAUGCCCAGACUCUUGCCGCAGAGCUGGUAAAAUACGGUUAUCGGCUCCAGACUGACGGAUCCGACACCCAUCUCAUCCUUUGGGACUUGCGUCCUGCAGGUGUUACUGGCAGCAAAGUCGAAAAGAUCUGUGAUCUUGUUGGAAUUACGAUCAACAAGAAUGCUGUCUCCGGCGAUAAGUCUGCCCAGACGCCUGGAGGUAUUCGCCUCGGCACGUCUGCACUCACUUCGCGUAACUUAACCGAAGAGGACCACAAGAAGGUUGCCGAGUUCCUUCACCUUGCCGUGCAGCUAGCUCUAGAAUGCCAGAAGCAAGCCGGCUCGAAGCUUCUCAAGGAUUUCUUGCGCGUUGCUGAGGCAAACGAUGAUGUCCGCGCUUUGCGUAAGAGGGUGCGCGAGUUCGCCCGCCAGUGGCCACUUCCUGGCAUUGACUUGGCGAGCAUCAAGCGUCCCGCUGGUAUUGAGGAGGAUUACUAA